ACACAAACUCUGUGUAAAAAGUUGGAUUUCAUUAGAAAGAGAUUAGAUAUGUUCUCGAAGUUGACAGUAUCUAUAUCUAACAUGUCAUAUAUCGAUUUUUAGUAUUAUAUUUCAAACCUGUCUGAGAUCUCAAUCACGACACACAAAAAAAGAUACUGUGGGUUGGUUUGGGCUUCAUUUUCUUGUUGUCAUCUUCAGAAUUUUGCUGUGCAGCUCAAGUUUAGUGUGUGUGCCCUUAAUUGCUUGGCUUUUGAAGUCCUUUUGACUACGAUCUUUCUCCGGCUAGCUUUGAGGGAUAAGAACUUCAUAAUUGAAGAUAUCUUCUCAGAUUUUUUAUUGAGACAAAAGAGAAACAUGGUUCAGAAACUAGAAGCUAUCAAGGGCGGUGGAGGAUCCAUCAGAGUUGGCACUACCGGAACAAUCAGUGCUCUGAUGACUAGGGAAUUGGAAUCAGUUAAAUCUGUAUCGCAGACACCAAGAUCUCAUCCUGUUUCAAUUCCCUGUGGCACAACUUCUACUAAAAAACUACAACCAAGAAAAUCAUUAGAUGGAGCAAGUACAAGUGGCAGCAGCAAUAACAUUAACCACAGAACUCAUGAAAUUCCCCGGAAAACAAAAAGCUAUAAUAAAGGUACCCAUCGAAUCCCAAUGCUGGCCUCUGAUAACGUUUCUUUGGAUAGAACUCCUAAUCAGCAGAAAAAUGACAAGAAAAGAUCUAAUAUUGUGGAAAUUGUGGACAUAAAAUGUGGGCACCCAGAAAGAGCAUGGGCUAGCCCUAUAACUAAUAAGCUCAAGAAACUUGGAUUCUCAAAAUUAUCCGAGAGUACUAUCUAAACUUGCAGCUUCUUCACAUCAGACUUCAGGCUCCUGUAACUAACACUUGAAAUCCCAAUUGGCCGACUGUUUUCUGAGACUUCCACCAUAGAACAUAUGCUCGGUAGCCUUUUACCUCUUCCCUUUUUCUUCUUUUGGGUUGUCAACGCAGACACAAUAGUCGGUCUAGGAUGGCUACUAGAGGAAGCAAUAUCUUCAACAUGAGAGUGUGGCUUCUGUGAGCUACCUUGGCUGCUUACUUCAAGCCUGCUAAAGUACUCAAUUUCUUUCAUUAUGAGGGAUCCAACAGUGCCUCUGGUGCCGAUUUCUACAGGAGUGUGUGCAGCCAUUUUCUUUGGAACUUCUGCAGCAAUGUUGCUGGAUUUAUACCUGUUUUGUCUAGUUUGGGUGAAUGAGUCAAGAAAAGAUAGUGGAUGUGGAUGAAGACUGGAGUGUUUUUGGGUCUAGUCUUGGUGGGGAAGUUGCUUUUUGAGUCUGAAGCACUAGUUGGACUGGAGUCUUAUACACAUGUUUUCACAUGACUUCUUUACCUCAUGUUCUUUAUCCAAAGCUAUAUGGUGACAUGGUCAUUGUAUUCAUGUGUCUGCAGCUACAACAAUUACAUUUCUAACAAGAGUAGUGCUUCUUUAUUAUCAUUUACUCAUUUGUAAACGUUCGGUGCUGCACAUUUAAGCUGCAUUAAGAACACUGUUUACUCAGAAAUUGAUGGUCAUUUAUGUGAAAUCUGAAUUCCCAUAUUGAUAUCCUACCCAACUAAUCUGAGAUAAAAAGUAAACAAGGUACAAGAGUUAAAAUGAAGGAUGAGUAAAUUCAUGGUCUUUUUUAGUAAACCUUUUGUUAACUUUUCUUGUCUUGAAUGGCAAGGGAAAGGAAGAAGGUGGGUGACCUUUGAUGGAGCAACUUGUGAGCUUUUCAGGUAUGGCCAAGGGCAUGGCAGAAAUUAAUUAGAAUCUUCUCAGUAGCGUUUCAAAUAUUUUGUGU